AUGCCCCCUAGAUGGGAAAGAUCAAGCCCUGGGAUAAAUCGUCGCAAUGGGGUUCAAUAUCCAAGGACAAGCAUUUCGCAUAUUGCACUGAAUUACGCCCACAGGGGUGCGCAUGGAGCAUUUGGCUGGUCGAUCUUAAAGAAGUAUGAGCGGACAUGUCAUGCACGAAAGAACCGGGAAGUGGUUGAGGCGCAUAACCUGGGAAAGCUGAUCCAGGGCGAGGGGGACUGGCGACGCAUGAUCGGACAAAUGGCCACGUACCUCAAGGAUUUAUCCUUGAGGUACGGUUUUCUCUCAACAUAUGAGAAAGCCGUGUUCUUUACUGGGGCCCAGGAACGUGACCAGAACAUGGAUGUCGACAAGUUCAUGUCUGCAGGCAACGAGAAACUAUGGAACAUACACAGCACAUUCCUAUUGACAGUACCAAACUGGUGGAUAGAAGCUGUGUUUCGGUUCGUCCCAUAA